AUGUCCUCGCCACGGGCCGUUCACCAUUUCGUGUCGCCUGUGAAGCAAGUCGAUACCGGUCUGUGGACCUUGUUCGCAGGCGCAACCACAUUCUUGGGUGUCAGGAUAUGGUGCAAGCUCAAGCGCCGCCAUGGGCUUUGGUACGAUGACUAUAUUCUCCUAGUCUGCUGGCUUGUGUUGCUGGCAACAAAUAUUGUCAUCACUUACGAAAUGGCAAAUGGUUAUGUCACAAAGUCAUGGGGCGAUCAAAUGUUGAUGCUCAUUUCGAUAUCGUCUUGCGGGACAACCAUUAGCCAGACAUGGAGCAAGACUGCAUUCGCUGUGACUUUGCUUCGAAUAACUGACAGUCUAAAGAAAAAAGGGCUGUGGUUUUGCAUAGUAUCGCUCAAUGCGUUCAUGGUCCUGAAAGUUUUCAUGAACUGGGCACAGUACUGCAACGAAUCGUCCUACCAGAAUUAUUGGCGGAUGCAGGGAUUCUGUUUGGACUACGUGGCCGUGUCGAGAACGAAAGCUGCUGGCAAUAUAUGGAACAUUGUUAUGGAUUUCGUUCUAGCACUGUACCCAUGGAUGGUCAUAUGGAAACUCAAAAUCAGCAAGUGGGAAAAAAUAGGCCUCUGUGGGACCAUGAGUCUGGGCAUUGUGGUGGCAGUAAUCUCAGCUGUUCGACAAUCGUGGAUGGACAGCCCUGCUACAUCAAAUUACGACGAUUGGUAUUUCUGGCACCAAGGCUUAUCAAUGGUUUGGUACUCAGCCGAGGUCACCGGAACAAUCAUGGUGCAGUGCAUCCCAGUGAUGAGGCCACUGCUGGGCGAAAUGAAGACAUCUCUAGCAUCGAGAAGACUUGCUGAUGCCGAGGAUGGACGAAGCAUCACAGGAGAAAUGAAGCGACAGGAGUCUACGCGGUCUACUCCUCUACGCCCAAGUACAACGGUGGAUCACGAUACUGAAAAUUUUAUCUUGGCAGAGCUACAAUCUCAAGCCCAAAGAAAAAGUCGAAUGGUCUCCCAUGUAUCUUUAACGCCGUCCGAGGUUGAUCGUGCCAUAGAAGCAUCACGAACCAAGCCGCUGGAAUGGCCCCUGUCAGGUAAUGAGCCCCCCGUCAUUGGGUCGUCACGUGCAGGCGGUUAG